AUGUCGACCUUGCCUUCCAGUUUCCCUUGGACCAAGAAUCCAGAGCUACCCGCUUUGACCAGGAGGCAGUCGCUCCUGUCUGGACUCUGGCAGGCAGCUUCAUCGGGUCUGACGGAGGAAGACCUGCCUUUUACAGCAGUGACGGUGAACUUGCCCAACUUGAACGCCCCCGUUCACACGACAGUUCAGAGCUCCAAGUCCUUCGUACGAGGAUCAGAGCACGUGAGCACUCACAGCGGGAUUAGUCUUGAUAGCACAGAUUCCGCUCGGCGCAAAGCGCUGCUGUCAACGCUGGAAGAUGGAGCCCGAUACACUCAGCGCUUCAAGGAUUGCUGCCGGCGCAAGUAUGGCAAACUGGUUAGGGCUUGGCGGAUUCUUCUAGAUCCAGGUGGAAACGGCCGCGUUUCAUUCGUACCUUUCUGCAAUGCUGCUCGUGACAUGGGAUUUGUGAAUGUCUCCACGCUUUGGAGACACCUCGACGUGAAGUGCACUGGUUUCCUCACUCUGGACAACUGGGAUCCUGCUUCUUUUCGGGUCCUGAUGGAGUUCAGAGAGAUUUGCAGAUCCGAAUUUGGUGGAGUCGUGGAAGCCUUCAAGUUCGGCAUGAACAGAACGGGGUCGGGAACUUGUUACAGGAAAGAGUUUGACCAGUUCCUCAAGAACUUCGAAUUCUCCGGAGAUUCCCAAAUACUCUGGGACUCUUUGGACAAAGAUCGUGGCGGUUUCAUUACAGUCGAUGAACUAUUUUUCCUGGAACGCUGGCAGGGAGAGCGCUUCCGACCCGAGAAGAUCGAGCGUGAGUUCAAUCUCGGGCUUGCGCGCUUGAAGAUAUGCAAGCAGCAGCGCCGGAAGCACCAAGAAAGGAUGAAUGAAUUCAAAGCUCGGAUUGAAGAUGGGCAACAAGCCUUAGAACGGAACCGCAGCCUCAGAAUCGCAGCCGCGAAGCGGCCUACCUUUGUGAUUCAAGAGAAGCUGCUGGCAAUGAGCGACGAGGAUCCUAACGAGCCUGACGUCGACAGCGAUGGCGAUGAUAUAUAG